AUGUGGAGAGGCGCCCUGCCAUACCUGGCUUUCUUGAGCCUCACACUGCUUGUGCAGGGCGCCCGCGAGGGUGCUGAAGAGUAUGCAGAGCUGCCACGGCAGCAUGGCAGAGGCAGGACUCACGGUCACCACGGCUGGACUCAAGUGCACCGCUCCCUUUCGCAUGAUGUCAACGGCCGAUCGAGUUUGGUGCAAGGUGCUCAGCGAAGACACCAGCAAAGGCUGCAAGUGCGUCAACGAGCUCGCAGGCACAAGGUCCAGCAACGCCGGCAUCGCUACGUGGAUCCAAGCGAAGGCGCAGGACCGGAUGAUUCAGGCAGUGGGGACGAGUCAACUGGCAAGGCCAAGCACGAGGAGCGCGCGAAGAUCCAGGAAGCUGCUGCGAAGGAGCCUGAUGACUGCGGACCUUUGCUCGGAACAGAUCCUGACCAGGUUCAGGCGCAGGUUCGGCGCUGCUUGAAGCUGCGCAAGCUCCAAGUUCAAGAGGUUCAGGAGAAGCUCCAACAGCGCGCGAAGGACGAGCAGGUGUUGGCGACUGAAGAAGACAGGAUCAAGAAGAUCCAAGAUGACCUUAGCAACGCCGAUGCCAUGACUGCGGCCUACACCAACGAUGAGCAAAUCGUCAAGGCCGCGUUGGAGAAUGACGAGCAAAGAGUGGAAUCCCGAAUCAACCGGCUCGAUCACGACGGCGAAGACGCAGACCGAGAACUUGGCGACGACUAG